CGAGAAAAUCUGCGCAUUGUAGGAGGAAAGGUCCUUUCUAUAGAAAAAGCACCCUGGCAGGUUUCAUUACAAGUGCGUGGGAUUCACAUUUGUGCCGGCUCUAUUUUAAGCCCUUCUGUAAUUGUUACUGCGGCUCAUUGUGUGUGGUCGCUUAGAGGCAAGCAUUCACAAAUUCGUGCAGGAUCCAAUUAUUGGAAACGCGGAGGGCAGGUCGCUCGAAUAAGAAAAAUUACUGAGCAUCCGAUGUACAAUGUCAUUACUUAUCAGAACGACAUCGCCAUUUUGCAUUUAAGUACGAAACUUAGAUUUGGUCGGACCACAUAUUCGAUUCAACUGGCAAGUAAAGCACCCAUAAAAGGAAGCAUUGUAACUGUUUCAGGUUGGGGCGCUACGCAUGAUAGCCGUACAAUUCGUUCACCUUAUUUGCUACAAGCGAAUCUGAUAAUGAUUAGUCCACAGUCUUGCAGAGCAUCCGGAUAUGCUAAGAAAAAUAAAGCAAUUUCAAACGGCAUGAUAUGUGCUGUCGGCAAUAAUAGAGAUGCAUGUCAAGGGGAUUCUGGCGGCCCAUUGGUAGGAGAUGGAAAACUAGUUGGUAUUAUCUCAUGGGGCAUCGGAUGUGCUAGAAAGGACUAUCCAGGAGUUUAUACCAAUGUGGCGUACUACCGAAAUUGGAUACUAUCAGAAAGUUAUCUAGAAGAUCACCUAGACCCACUGUAA